AUGAAACUUUUUGGAAUCACCUUGGCUCUUGCCUCUGCCCAAGGACUCGGCAACGAAACCGAAGAUGCUCGACACUACUUCCCAGAACCACACACUACCUUCUACCCUCGAGUUACUUUGCCGCCACCAAAAUCUUGCUGGAAAUGCGAAGGAGAAAACUACGGACUAUGCAUGCAGCAGCACAACAUCAACUACGGUUUUAUGGGACUUACCUGCCCAUAUGGCAAGGUUUGCAGCAUUGUCGAGCGACGACGAGGAGGCAAGAUCGAGUGGGUUUCGAUGGGUUGCAAGGACGAAGACGUCUGCAAAGAAGAGCAACAACACAAUAUACGACCCUGCCCACAGAUGCCCACUGCGACUGAGUGUCACCAGAUGAUUUAUGGCCACAGCUACGAAAAGGUUCCAUCCGUCUGCCGAAAAUGCUUCGAUGAAACUAAUGGUGCCAAAGCCGCCGGCGAUUUUAUAAGAAAGAUCGGAAUUGCCGAUGCUAAUAAGAAGACCCCACCUAGUCUCCCACUUUACCCAGAUUGGAUGGGCGAAGAAGACCCUGCCAAGAAGUGGAAGCCGUACUACUAA